AUGAUGAUGGCGCAACCGUUUCCCGCCCACCAAGGCAUGCCGCAGCACGGGCUGCCCCCAGGUCAUCCAAUGGCCGCGCAACAUCCCAACGCCGGACACCCCGGGCCUGGAAUGGUGCAACAGAUGCAUCCUGGUGUUUCUGCCCCAGGCGGCCCUCAGGUUAGCCAGGCGGGCCCCAUGAUGGGUGGAAUGCCUACGGGCGGCACCGCUGGCGGCCCCGUGCCCAACGCUCACGCUCUCUCCCAUCUGAACCCCGCGCAAGCGCACUUGUUCCAGCAGCAGGGCUUCCCCCAAAAUUGUGAGUACUUACCCAUCGGCCGCCUUCUGCCUCGCUAG